AUGGGGCAGCCGCCUGGUCUUCCGAAGUGCGGCCUCCUCACGACGGCAAUGACGGAUGGCAAUAUCGCGAAGAACGACGACACCGUUAUUGACGCACUACUGAAAGCCUGCUUUUUCCCAACGGGGGCAGGGAAAUCGAUCUGCUAUCAGCUCCCGGGCACCCUGAUGGCCAGGCAGGGGCUUGGGCUGACUCUCGUGGUGUCUCCACUGAUCGCUCUCAUGAAAGACCAGGUUUGGUACAUGUUAUUGAACCACAACCUGUUUAGUCUCUUGAGCGCGCGUCAGGACAUAGCUCUCUGUCGGGGACAGCUUACGGUUCUGGUUCUUCUAUGGAUGGGAUUGGGCACAAUUGCCGGCGUCAAGGAUAAGUUGGGCCCGGCGGGAGUUCCAUGCGCCAAGCUGGAUUCCACCCUCGAGGCGCAUGAGGUCUACGACAUCUACGAGCAGAUCCGCGCGGGAAGCGUUGCCCUGCUGUACGUGUCUCCGGAGCGUUUCAACAACGAGCGUUUCGUCAGGACCCUACAGGGGGUCAAGGUGGCCCUCUUCGUGGUGGACGAGGCCCACUGCAUCAGCGAGGGACGGGUGUGCUGCGGCGCUCAGCGCCAGAUGCCGCUACCUGUCGAGGCCAAGCGUACCUCUACUGAACCUGUUUUGCAUCUCCUGGUCUCCCCACAGUGGGGGCACAACUUCCGGCCGGACUACUUGCGCCUAGCCGACUUUGCGAAGGCUGCGCGGGCGAACGCGCGUUUGGCUCUCACGGCCGCGGCAACGCCUCAGGUUGCCGUGGAUAUCGCCAACCGUCUAGACAUACCGCCCUCAAACGUCAACAGAACACCUUUCUACCGCCCGAUGCUGACCCUCGGCGCCGUUCGCGCUCCGGAUGAUCAAGAGGAGCGAGCCCGUCUGCUCGCCGACAUCCUGCUCCGCGGAGAGCACCAGCAGCAGGGAAGCGGUACAGCGGCGGGUUCAGGGGCGGCGGUGGUAUACGUGACGCUCCAGAAGACGGCCGUGGAGGUGGCGCAAGCGCUCGCCGCGGCGGGGAUCGACGCUCGCCCGUACCACGCUGGACUGCCGCCUCUUCAGCGGGAGGAGACCCAAGACUGGUUCAUGAACGCGCCAGACGAUGAGUCCCCCGUCGUGGUGGGGACGAUAGCCUUCGGGAUGGGUCUGGACAAGAAGAACGUGCGGCGAGUAUUUCACUUCAACUUGCCAAGAUCGCCGGAGGAUCUCGCGCAGCAGGUGGGGAGAGCAGGCAGAGACGGGGAACGCGCCUCCUGUACGACUCUCGUGUCCGCUGCAGACCUCCCCGUGAUUAGGUCUAUGAUCUACGGUGGAACUCCUAGCGAGGCGGCAGUGCGGGGUCUGCUUCGGGCCGUGUUCGCCAGCGGGGACGACGAGGCUGACUUGAACUUCUACGACCUGUCGCAGAUGCUGGACACAAAAGACCUGGUGCUCAAGACUCUAGUGGCCCAUCUCCAGAUCAGAGGCCUCGUGCGAGAGCUAACGCCGUACUUCGAGACGGCGGACGUCCAGUUGUUGGACGCCGGAAUGGCUAUCCUUGACGAUGGAACGGAAGAGGCAACUGGCGACAUGCCGAGAGAGUGGGUCGCCGUGCUGGGGAUGGCAGACGCGAAGCUCAAGCAGAAGCGCGCCAACGCGAAGUGGGCAACCUUGCGCGUAGACGAAACCGCUGGAGCGCUGGGUGUUCCUAUGCAGCAGAUCGCGCGCAUGCUGUCCGGAAUGUCGUAUGAGGGCUUGAUCGCGCUGGGCAAGCCUGGCAAAGUCAGGGCCAGGUUCCAGGUGCUCCGCCGGCCCGCCAGUCGGGAGCAAGCCCAGGCUCUAUCCAGGGAUCUGCACGCGAUGGCCAUGGACUUGCAGGAUCGAGAGCUCGGAAGGCUCGACACCGUAAUGGAGAUACUGUGCAGUCAGGAGGGGACUGCGGUGAGCUCGGGACUCUCCAAGUACUUCGGAGACUCGGAGGCAACGAUAUCAGAAGCCGUGGCGAACGAGAGAGCUGCCGCCGCCGUAACCAUAGCAGAACGUGGCGCUCCCCUCCUCUCCGACGUUUUAACGCCUCCGCAGAUCUCGGAAGAGGAAAUCGACAAACGUUGGCGAGCGGGCGUUCUCGAUCUCCUUUUGGAACCGGGCGGAGGGAACGACCACCGAGUCAUCCCCUGCGACGACGCCUACUUGCUGGCGAGGUUUGCGGCUGGGAUCCGCAGCCCUCGAAUAGGAAAACUGAAGCUCGCGCAGCUGGGGUCCUUCGGGUGCUGCGCGAACGACCCGUUCCUGGCGCUGUUGGCAAGGGCCGAGGAAGCCGUUGCCAUCGCCACCGCUGCUGCUCGUGUGCUCUGAUUUGAUGAAUUGCUACUUUUGCACCGUUUUUUUAGAUUAGGAGGGGUCGAGGGGAUACGGUAUCCACCUUCUUGGUUCUUGAGUUUACCGUUGAGCAUUCUAUCUGUACUGUGGCGGUUUUUCGGGAGUUGGUGUUUAGGGAGAACCCACAGGCAAAAGCGUAUGCUUGCUGAAAUGUUUUCUGUUGUGAUAUUUUCUGUGGUGCAGCUGCGUUUACGUUGUCUUCGCCCAAAGGUAUCGUCGAUACCUCCAUGCCUAGGGAUUUUCAGGGUGUUUGGCGAUGUCGCAAAACCGUGGUCGUUUGAAAAGUCACGAGCAUGAGAUAGAAACAUGCGAACGAACGAACGAACACGAGCACGCGCGGUCUUUGUGCAGUGGCAUCACCUCGACAUUAAAAGUUGCAAGCUUCGUUCUCACCUUGUGAAGCCUGUCAGCUCGACGAUUGGUCCCGGCCAUUCUUCGAAACGUGAACGAGACUAACGUGAUUUUGGGAUUGUUGAUUCCUUCUGUCCUUCCCACAGCGGUGGCAUCGUCCAGCAAGCCCGCAAAUAUAAUGUGACUGCGAGGCACGUCUUCCCUACAUGUGAAAGAUCUUUUCAGGGACACCCUGGCGCCAUGCAGCCUAUCGCGCGUUU